AUGACGAUUCAUUUACGUGUGGUCUGUGUAAUGAGGACUGGGUGUAAUACCCAAAUGAAACUAGCAGAACUUAUUUAUAAGCUCGUAACGAUUAAAUUAGACUUUGGUGGAAUCAAUUUGUGCAUGAAGGAGAAAAGAUGGGUUAUCUUUAGACGAGAGGAGGAUCCAACUUCUAUUCCUGUUGAAUGGAUUAGUUGGCUGAAUGGGCAGCGAAAAAGGGCUCCUUCUCCAGAGGAAAUGGCUGAACUUGAAGCAAGGCGUGAACGUGUGAAGCUUAAUGUUGCUCUUCUCAAGAAAGAAGAGGAGGAGAAGAAAGCCAGAGUAGGCACUGGGCGCAAAAUCGUGACCAUCGGUAAAGUUGAUGGUCCAGAUUUGACAAGCUUUGUUCGCCAUUUUCCAGCGGAUUCAAAAGGUGAUAAACCAGAGGAAGGUAGUGAAGAAUCAGAUGAAUCAAGGGUCAAGGAACAUGAACCCGAGAUAGUUAAUGCAGAAUCACCUGAACCAAAGACAACAGAGCCAUCAGGGUCUGGAUCAUCGUUUAGGCCUGGGACAUGGCAGCCACCAUCCUAA